AUGACUGGAACUCCCUUGGCCCCACCGAUCAACUUCCUCAAGUGGAUACAAGAGAACGGCGAAAAACUCAAACCUCCUGUCAACAAUUUUUGCAUCUACAAUGGUGAGCGGCCUAUUACAAUGGUUGUGGGCGGACCGAAUUCGCGGAAUGACUAUCACGUCAAUGAGACCGAGGAAUGGUUCUACCAAGUCAAAGGCGACAUGUUACUCAAAGUGAUCAGUGACAACCGAUUCCAAGACAUCUUCAUCCGCGAGGGCGAGAUGUUCUUGCUACCGCCCAAUGUCCCUCACAAUCCUUGCCGUUUUGCGGACACCAUAGGACUGGUCAUGGAGCGCAAAAGACCCAAAGAUUCGACCGAUCGUCUGCGCUGGUUCUGUCCCAACUCGGAUGCGCAUCCCGAGCCUCACUUGGUCAGAGAAGUAGCGUUCCACUGUACCGACUUAGGCACCCAACUCAAACCAUUCAUCACCGAAUGGAUGGAAAAUGAAGACCUGAGGAAAUGUGCCAGCUGUGGUACAACUGCCCCGCCAUCUUGA